UACACACCUGUGAGCCCUGUGGGACCUGCUGCAGGCAGAUGGCAGAAUCACAGGAGGAGAGCAACACCUUCAGCUUGAGAACUGUGGCUGCCAACAGGAGGCACAGUGCUGAUGGGGUCACCGGUUCGGGGUCGGGCUUGGCUCCUGGACGAGGGCCCGUCGACUCCGACCGGUUCCACCCAUACCGCCGACAGUUCAGUGAGGGAGCUGUGGCGGCUGCAGGGUGUCUCCAGCAGUGUUCCUCUCCCUACAGCCGUCUGCAGGAGGUGUGCAGCCCUGAAGCCCGUCUGCACAGCGACGAGGUGCCAGCGUCCUGGGAGCAGUACAACGGCAGCAUUCAGAGUUCGUACCCGGAGCUACCAGCUGUACCAGCGGAGCCUCCCUGCUUCCUGUCUCAAAGUUAUCCUUCCUACAGCUCAUCGAGCUCUCUGCAACAGGUUUCAUCUAGACUGUAUCCGAGUAAUGACCAGUCCAGCAGCUCAAAAUAUUCUCUCCAAAGCCUCUCGACUCCAUCACACCAGGAGAGCACCACACAGUCCCUCUAUCCCAAACCCAUUUAUUCAUACAGCAUCUUGAUUUUCAUGGCUUUGAAGAACAGUAAAACAGGGAGUCUGCCAGUCAGUGAGAUCUACAGCUUCAUGACCGAACACUUCCCAUAUUUCAAGACAGCUCCUGAUGGGUGGAAGAACUCUGUGCGGCACAACUUGUCCCUGAACAAGUGCUUCGAGAAGGUGGAGAACAAAAACGGUAGCACUUCUCGUAAAGGCUGUCUUUGGGCUCUGAAUCCCGCCAAGGUGGAGAAAAUGCAGGAAGAGCUGCACAAAUGGCGUCGCAAAGACCCCAUCACUGUUCGCAGGAGCAUGGCGAGACCAGAAGAACUCGAUCGCCUACUGGGAGAAAGACCGGAUAAACUCAGAUCUUUGCCAUCUUAUACCAACACAACUUUAUUAUCCAGAGUGGCUCCUCCCUACAGCACUGCCUCUUCGUCUUGUACCCGACUUCGACCAGCGUGCCAGCCCUUUCGGCGUACGCAAUAUGCCCACAUUCAGCCUCAGCAGCCCUGUUACCUUCCCCCUGCUGCUGCUCUCCCAAACAACUCCUUUGCCCUGUACUCACCCUGUGGUCAACAGUCUGCUGCCGGCGUCCCAUCAGCCACUGCAAAUCUGAACUCUCCCACUGCUGGGAAGAUGCCACCUCUGUACAACGCCACCCUACAGGCUGAGUACAGCGUUGGCCCCAGGACCAUGCAGGACCUGCUGUUGGAGGGAGACGCCAGCUAUGACGUGGACACCCUCAACCCCAGUCUGACUGACCUGCAGCUGCAAGGUAACUUGUGGGAGGAGUUAAGAGACGACAGCCUGGUGUCAGAGUCACAAGUCACCACCACAACGUCGUCCACUACCUUUGUCCUGCAGGAUCACCACAUCCAGACCAGCUGCCUGCAAAACACACCUGUCUGUCAGACGUCCGCGGUGACCGCCGGUGGUCGGUGUAAAGCAGAAUAUGAGGAUGAGGACACAGGAGGACACGUAGAGCAGCCUGGCUAUUUGAAUGGACUGCAUCCUGUGGUUUAUUCAGGAGUGGAGAGUUUGGCUGGAUAUCUGACCUCCUGCACCACGUCCAUCUCCUUAAUGUGAACCUCUUUCACCCUCUCUGAUGACAAAAAUUGUAUUUUGUGAACCAGAAUGGAAAAUUUUCUUGCCACAGUAUUUGCUUGGUGGUUAUUUAACCCAUCAGAUCCUCUGUUUACCACUAUGUGACCAACUGUGGAGGAAAUAGUUAUAAAGAUUUUCACUGUUUGUUUCCACCGUUCAGUCAAUAAAAAACGACAAAAACAACUCUUAUUAUAUCAUUUUAGUCUUAAAACACAAACACUCUGCUUUAUCUCAUUAGCAAACAAUAAUUUUGAUGAAUGGAAAUAUAAGCAGGGAAGCACUUGAUAAAUUAUAAUUGAAUUCCACAGUGAAAAUUAUUUACAUUAUUUGUGAAUGUAUCUAUUUAUUUAUCUCUUACAAGUUGUCCUGUUGGUUUUUCAAAUUUCAUAUCUUUUUUUCUGUAUUAAUGUGUGCAUUUUUAAGUCAUUUUGUAAACAUCACUUGUUUCAUUUUGUCAAUUGUAGAAUAAAUCUGGACCAACUGUU